AUGACAUUCGAAGAGUUCUGUGGUGGUCCCUUUUGGGACGACGAUCUGACAUGGCGAGAGGAGAAUCCGGACCUAACGUUCUGCUUCCAGCGGGUAAUCCUACAGUGGACACCAUGCCUCUUUCUGCUCGUGUUCUCGUCCUACGAACUGUUCCGCAUACUCACGAGCCGGUACCGGGACAUACCGUGGAACUGGUUCAACAUAUCGCGAAUGAGCUUCACCCUGGCGCUCAUGGCGCUGUCCUGGAUGGAUCUCGGUGUGGUCGUACAGAACAUCGACGAACCCGAAGUGUUCGAUGUGCAAAUCUUGGUCGCAGUUUUUAACGCGCUGGCCUUCAUCCUCGCCGCGGUGCUGUACUUUUUCUACCGAAAGUACGGUAUUCGCAGCACGGGAACGAUGUUCCUUUUCUGGUUCCUCAAAGCGUUCUUCGGCAUCAUUCAGAUGCGCACGGAAGCCCAGCUGCACGAGAUCCGCGGCUCCGGGACCGAGGACUUUGCCGAGUUCCAGUUCAUCAGCUACACCAUCCAGUACACGUUCACCUGUGUGAUGGUGCUGCUGGAGAUUUUCCCCGACCAGGAGCCCCGGUACAGCGAGUUCCCGAAGCUGAAAAAUCCCAACCCGGAGCUGCGGUCGAGUUUCUUUUCGCGGCUGUUCUACCUGUACUUCGAUUCGUACGCUUGGCGAGGCUUCCGGAAGCCGCUCACCGACGACGAUAUGUACGACCUGAACCCGGAGGACACAUCGCGCGAGCUGGUCCCCCCGUUCGACAAGUACUGGUACGAAAGCGUUGAGAAGGGACGCAAGAAGCAGCAAAAGGCGGACAAGAAGGCGGGAAAGGCGGGCCUCGUGUACAAACCGAACGCGGCCACCAACGGAUCGGUGCUGCCGGCCAUGGUCAAGGCAUACGGUGGGCCGUUCUGGUUCGCGGGAAUGCUGCAGUUCGCCAUUUCGGGGCUACAGUUUGCGUCGCCCUACCUGAUGCAGGAAAUGAUGGCCGUUAUCGCGCUGGACGGACCGUUCUGGAAGGGCAUGAUCAUCACGAUGGGGCUGUUCGUGACGUCACUGUUGAUAGCGCUGUUCAACGGGCAGUACUUCCACCGCACGUUCCUCGUCGGGUUCCGCAUCCGGACCGGGCUGGUGAGUGCCAUCUACCGCAAGGCAAUGCGAAUCUCGAGCUUCGCCAAGAAGGACACGACCGUCGGCGAGAUCGUCAAUCUGAUGGCCGUCGAUGCGCAGCGGUUCUUCGAGUUGACCUCCUACCUGCACGUGCUGUGGUCCGCACCGUUGAUCAUCGCGCUCUGUAUCUACCUGCUGUACGAUCUGCUCGGGGCAGCCGUGUUCGCCGGAUUGGGAGUGAUGGUGGUGAUGAUCCCAGUUACUGGUUUCAUUGCCACGCGCAUGCGCGAUCUACAAGUCGAGCAGAUGAAGAUCAAGGAUGAGCGCGUGAAGAAGAUGAACGAGAUCCUGGGGGGAAUUAAGGUGCUGAAGCUGUACGCUUGGGAGCCCAGCUUCCAGGAUACGGUCGUGACGGUGCGCAACGAAGAACUGGAAGUGUUGAAGGGGGCCGCUUACUAUGGCGCCGGAACGUACUUCGUGUGGACCAUGGCGCCCUUCCUGGUGACGCUGGCAUCGUUCGCGGUGUACGUGAUGGUCGACGAAGAGAACGUCCUGGAUCCCCAGACGGCGUUCGUGGCGUUGGCCCUGUUCAACAUCCUUCGCUUCCCGUUGGCCAUGUUCCCGAUGAUGAUCACGUUCGCGAUGCAGGCCUGGGUGUCGAUCAAGCGAAUCGAUAAGUUUAUGAACAGCGAAGAGCUGGACCCGAGCAACGUGACGCACACCAAGAGCAGCGAAGCCAUCCAGAUCAAAGACGGCACGUUCUCGUGGGGUGACGAUGCACCGACGCUCAAGAACAUCAAUCUGGCGCUGAGACACGGCAAACUGUCCGCCGUAGUUGGGGGCGUGGGAACGGGCAAAAGUUCGCUCAUCUCUUCGUUGCUCGGCGAAAUGGAGAAGACCAAGGGAACGGUCAACACGGACGGUACGAUUGCCUACGUGCCGCAACAGGCCUGGAUCCAGAACGCCACCCUUCGCAACAACAUCCUGUUCGGGAAGCCGUUCGAUCAGAGGAAGUACGACAAGGUGAUCGAAAGCUGUGCCCUGGUGCCGGAUUUGGCCAUGCUGCCCGGUGGAGACUCGACGGAAAUCGGAGAGAAGGGAAUCAAUCUUUCCGGUGGUCAGAAGCAGCGGGUUGCGCUGGCCCGCGCUGUCUACGCCGAUGCGGACAUUUACCUUUUCGAUGAUCCUCUCAGUGCCGUCGAUGCGCACGUCGGAAAACACAUCUUCGAGAAGGUCGUUGGCCCGUCGGGGAUGCUCGUUGGAAAGUCGCGACUGCUCGUCACCCACGGUAUCUCCUUCCUCCCGUUUGUCGAGGAGAUAUUCGUCAUGAAGGAUGGAGAGAUCUCCGAGAGUGGCUCCUAUCAGCAACUGCUCGACCAGAAGGGUGCCUUCGCCGAGUUCCUUACCCAGCACAUCCAGGAAAUGGACGACGAGGACGAAGAGGAGUUGAAACUGAUCCAGGAGACACUGAAGGACAGCGAAGGGAGAAAGAUCGUGCAACGUGCCAUGUCGACCCGCUCGGAACGAUCCGGUAGCAGUAACGGGAGCAUUCGCAAGAAGCGCGUCAGCCGGGCCGAGUCGCGCAACAGUAACAAACCGCGGGUAGCGGAGGAAUCGACUGCCUUCAUAUCAGCGGCCACACUGAUCGAGAAGGAAGAAUCGGCGACCGGGGCCGUCGGUUACGAGGUGUACAUUAAGUAUUUCAAGGGUAUCGGUCUGUGGCUAGGCUUUUGGUCGAUCUUAUUCAGCACGAUCAACCAGGGUGCCUCGAUCUACGCCAACAUAUGGCUCACGGAUUGGUCGGAGGAUCCGGAGGCGGCUACGGACAACUCGGUGCGGGACAUGUACCUCGGAGUGUACGGUGGCCUGGGUGGUGCUCAAUCAAUCGCACUUCUCAUAGCGUCCAUCGCACUGGCCCUCGGUUGCGUGCGGGCCGCCAAGGAACUCCACCACAGUCUGCUCGUAAGCUCGAUGCGGAUGCCUAUGUCCUUCUUCGACACAACCCCGCUCGGACGUAUCAUGAACCGGUUCUCCAAGGACGUGGACGUGGUGGACAACAUUCUGCCCCAGUCGAUCCGUGCCUGGAUGCUGAUGUUCUUCAACGUGGUCGGUGUGUUCGUGGUGAUCGGCAUUUCGACGCCCAUCUUCCUCGCCGUGGUGCCGGCCUUCCUCGUGGUGUACUAUCUGAUCCAGAAGUUCUACAUUGCCACCUCCCGCCAGCUGAAGCGACUCGAGUCUGUCACGCGCAGCCCCAUCUAUUCGCACUUUGGCGAGAGUAUCACCGGCCAGAGUACGAUCCGUGCGUACAAUCAGCAGGACCGCUUCAUGAACGAGUCGGAGCAGCGGGUGGACUACAACCAGCUCACUUCGUACCCCAGCAUCAUCGCCAAUCGGUGGCUUGCGGUGCGCCUUGAACUGGUCGGUGCCUUGGUGGUGUUCUUUGCAGCUCUCUUCGCUAUGGUGGCUCGCGACUCGAUCGGCCAAGCCACCGUCGGCUUAUCCAUCAGCUACGCCCUGCAGAUAUCGGCUACCCUCAGUUUCCUCGUCCGAAUGACGGCGGAAGUGGAGACGAACAUUGUGGCCAUCGAGCGGCUGGAGGAAUACACCGUGUUACCACGGGAAGCCGAAUGGAUCAAAGGAACCGUAGACAAAGCGUGGCCAGCGGAAGGCAAGGUGGAAUUCAAGGACUAUCAGAUCCGGUACCGUGAUGGUCUCGAUCUUGUCAUUCGCGGUAUUUCGCUUAAUGUUACGGGCGGCGAGAAGAUCGGUAUCGUCGGCCGUACCGGAGCAGGAAAUUCGGCACUGUUCAGAAACUUGUCGAUACGCUUCACCGACACCCAGGCCUGCAUGGAGAACGUCACCAUCAUCGGCAGCAUGCCGAGCGGGAAGCGGAGGAUAUUGAACAGUGCCAGCGACACGAACGCUGUCUGCGGAUCCAGGAUGUUCUCUUCGUCGACCAAAACGUACACGGCAAACGACACGAGCGUGACGAGAAACGGGGCGAUGGUGAAGUACUUGUCGAACGGUGGCACCAGCUCCCGCGAUGUAUCCUGCGGGUUAAUGUCGUACAUGUCCUCCAUGGACUCGGAUCGUGUGCUGGUGCUCGACGCCGGUUUGGUGGCCGAGUGCGACACACCGCAGAGCCUGCUCGCCAACAGGGACUCCAUUUUCUUCGGCAUGGCCAAGAACGCCGGAAUCGUGAGCUAGGCUGACGCACCGUAUCGAUACUUGGUGAAUCUCGGAAUCGAUAUCAUGUACAAUGAUUGUUCGGGCAGCUUUCGAUCGGUUUCGGUCACAUGGGUCGCCACCUCCUAGCAGCACACCACGCCCCUCCCCCCCGUUUACCGUUACGUAGAGCCGGACUUUUCUUGUAUCCUUGUCCGUUGUGGAAUCAGACCGACACGGGUACUGCUUGCUUCGAAUAGUGCGAGCAAAACGAUGUUCCUAGUUGUAGCCUCCCUGCGAGGCAUCUGCAGAGACACUCACCG